AUGGCGGAGGACAAGAAGUCGCUGAAACUCAAGAGAAGGGGAGCGAAAGCCAGGCUCACCAGACACAGUAACGGUCUUCAGAUUUUGCUUAACAAUAACAGAGAAGUGCCAGAAAUUCAGUCUGCAUAUAGCAAGUUUGAGCAAGCAUAUGGAGACCUACAAGAAACCCAUGAGAACUUUACUAUGACUAUUGAUGAUGAUGCUGAGUUUGAGAUAGAGGAACAGUGGAUGGGUGAUUGCCAAAAAGAAUUCCUGAAAUUGCAGAUAGAGGUUACAGAUUACUGUUCUCAAACCAGCUCAGGAGUCAAGACGCCAACAGAACAAGUACUACCACAGUCAGAGAUGCCGCCAAUGCAGGGAGGGUCUCCUAUACCUCCAGAAUCGGCAAUCUUGUAUCCCCCUCCACUGCAAAAACCAGACACUUCUCCAGGUAUGUCAGAUGCUAGAUGCAGUUUUAAGGUGGAGAAGCCGAAGUUACCCAAGUUUGCUGGAGAUGUUCGGGACUAUGAGAUAUUCAGAUCAGACUUCGUUCACAUGGUUGAUUCGCGUUAUGGAAAACGUGAUGCAAUGACAAUCCUGAGAAGCUGUCUCGUUGGCCGUGCACACGACUUAAUCCAAGGCAUAGGUCAGGAUUAUGAUACUGCCUGGGAUCUAUUAGAUGCCAUGUAUGGAGAUGCUAGAAUUGUUGCUGAUACAAUAAUCAAUGACCUGAGCAAAUUCAAACCACUGAAAGAGAACGAAGACAACAAAUUUUGUGAGUUUGUCAACCUUGUGAGAAGAAGCUAUAACAUCCUUAAGCUAGUUGGAAAGAAGGGUGACAUGGACAACAGUCACAUGUUAGCAACCAUAGAGAGAAAAUUGUGCGCAGUUGAUAGGAAGAAUUGGUUUAGAUACCAAGAAUCAGAGAAGCAAGCUGCAAGCUUUGAAACUUUGUUGACAUGGCUGAACCUGGAAAUGAAAGCUAGGAUGAGAGCUUCAGCACCAUUGAGAUCACAGAUGCAAAGUGAAGGAAAGUCUGCGAAUAUUCAUCAUUUGUCAUACAAAGAAAAGAGCAAACCAGACCAUAGUGAUAGAUACCAUGCAGAGCAGCCACGAGACAGAGCUCAGAGACAACAUUGCUGCUGGCAUUGCAAGACUGAUGAGCACUGGGUAGAUCAGUGUAAGCGUAUAAUCUCCAUGGCUGCCCCAGAAAGACUGAAGUUCUUCAAGGAAAAUAGAUGCUGCUUUAGCUGCCUAAAGAAAGCAGGGAAAAACCACUACAUGGCAAACUGUAGGAGAAGGCAGAAAUGUUCAGAGCAAGGGUGCACUUACUAUCACCAUCCUUUGUUGCACUUUGAAGCGAGUCAACAGAUGGAAAAUGAGAGCAGUAAAAAUGACAUUAACGUUGCGACUACAGUUGGAGCAUCGUUGCUGCCAAUCUUAUCCAUAGACAUUGACAGUGAUACCAGAGCAAAUGUCCUGUUAGAUAGCGGUUCACAAUUGAAAGGCACCAAAACGAGCAUCACAAUAAAGAAGCUUGGCGAAGAUGAAGAAGAGUUAGAGACUUUCAGAUAUAGAGUGCCGAUUAGAGAAGCAAACACAACCAAGAAACACCAGAUUAUUGAGGUUGUCGGCGUACCUUCAAUAACAGAGGAAGAAGCUGUUAGUCUGAAAGACCUCAAAGAUCAAUUUGAUAUACCUAACCUGAACAGAGAUAGUGGACCAGUGGAGAUCUUGAUUGGAAUAGAUCAUCCAAGAUACAUAGUAGGUGGUAAACUAAAGAAGAGAGGUAACUGCAUAGCAAGAAAAACUCCAUUAGGAUGGGUAAUCUUUGGUGCCACAGAGAAGCGAACCAUGUGUGUCAAUGUCCUUCACGUAGCAGUUCAGAGUCCAGAUUUGUCAGAAUUUUGGCGAAUGGAAUCUCAAGGUGUAAGUUGUCAGUGCCAAGAGACUAAGUUAACCCUUGAUGAACAGAAAGAGGAAGAGAUCAUCAGAGCUUCUUCACAGAAGAAAGGAAAGCAGUGGGAAAUAGGUUAUCCAUGGCAAAGGGAUCCUAAUGAACUCCCAGAUAAUAAGAGUCAAGCAGUGAAAAUCCUUGAGUCAACUGAAAAAAGACUUUCUAGAAACCCAGAGCACGCAGAAGCUUACAACAAGCAAAUCCAUGAACUGGAAGAAAUGGGGUUUGCUAAGAAACUCACAGCAGCAGACAUCGAGAAGUAUGAAGGACCAGUUCAUUACAUAUCACAUCAUGCUAUUGUAAGACCAGAAAAAAAGAGCACCCCUAUCAGAAUUGUUUUUAAUUCUUCUGCAUCUUACCAAGGUCAUCGGUUAAAUGAAUACUGGAUGAAAGGUCCUGAUCUCUUGAACAGUUUGGUCGGAGUGCUCCUGAGAUUCAGGGAAAAUGAAGUGGCCUUAUGUGGGGAUAUCUCUAAGAUGUACCAUCGUGUGUCAAUCCCAGAGAUAGAUCAACAUGUCCAUAGGUUCUUAUGGAGAGACAUGGAUGGGAACAGAGAACCUGAUGUCUACAUGAUGAAGGUUGUCACUUUCGGUGACAAACCAGCCCCAGCAAUCGCCCAGACUGCUCUGAAGCUUACAGCAGAACAAGGAGAGUGUACACAUCCUCAUGCUGCUUCUGUUUUGAAAAGGAAUGUGUAUAUGGAUGACAUUUGCGACUCUGUACAGACUGUAGAUGAAGCCAGGAAACUAAGUGCAGAGAUAGAUGAAGUGUUAAAUGACGGAGGCUUCAAAUUUAAAGGGUGGAUUUCCAAUGAAUCUGAUGUGGGAGACCUCACCCAAGGAAAGAUGAAAUUACUAGAUGACAUAGCUGAGGAGAAGGUCCUAGGAGUAGUUUGGGACAGAGAAAAUGACACCUUCUCAUACAAAGUAAAGCUGAGAGACAGUGUACUGAAUUCAAGAAUAGAUGGAGAGUGUCAAGAAAGAUUAACUAAGAGGAAAAUCCUCUGUCAAAUCGCCCACAUAUUUGAUCCCAUAGGAUUUGCUGCCCCAGUGAUUGUUAGAGCCAAGAUAGGGAUGCAGAAAUUGUGGCAAAGAGGCUACAACUGGGACGACCCUCUUACUGAAAAGGAAGAUGUGGACUGGAGGCUUCUGUUCGAGGAAAUGAAAGGAUUGAAUGAAGUAUCUCUCGAAAGAUGUCUAACACCUCCUGAAGCUCAAGGUAAACCAGUGUUGUGCAUUUUCUCUGAUGCAUCAGAAAAUGCAUACGGUGCAUGUGCAUAUCUAAGGUGGCAAACCGGAGAUGGCAAGUUCGAGACUCGCUUUGUUGCAUCCAAGUCAAAGGUAGCACCAUUAAAGACAUUGACAAUACCCAGAUUGGAGCUACAAGCCGCCGUAUUAGCUACCAGACUGUACAAGUCGAUCACUGAAGAGAUGAGAUUAGAGGUUGAGAAAGUGAUGCUCUUUACCGACAGCAUGAUAACUCUACAGUGGAUCAAGUCUUCGGCCAGGAUAUAUAAGCCUUUUGUGUCAAGCAGAAUAGGGGAGAUUCAGACUCUCACUGAUCCCUCAAGCUGGAAACAUAUACCUGGUGAAGAUAACCCAGCAGACAAAGUGUCAAGAGGAAUUGCAGUAAACGACCUUAUGAAUGAAUGGAAGUGCGGUCCUAGAUUCCUGCAUCUUGACGAAACAGAGUGGCCAGUAGACAAGGUGAAUAAUGAUCAGAGUCUUGAGAAUCUAGAGAGACGAAAGACGAAUCAGAAGGUAUUAGUUGUCAACAUGUCAGUUGCUCCCAUCGAAUCUGAACGUUUCUCAAGUUGGCGAAAGUUAGUAAGAGUGACUGCCUACGUUUUCAGAUUUGUGCGGAUUCUUAAGUCAAAGCUCAAGAAAGAAUCCAUGCCAGAUGCUGAUGUGACGUUAGCCCCAGCAGAGUUGAAGAAAGCUGAGCUAUAUUGGACAAAGGAAGUGCAAAAGGGUCUGAAAGGCAGAUUUGAGAGAGGAGAGUUCAGAACCCUUACCCCUUUCGUUGACAACGAAGGAGUAAUCAGAGUAGGAGGAAGAGUUGAGAACUUAGUAACAUCAUAUGAAUCUAAACAUCCAGCUCUGCUCCCAGGUUCCCAUCACAUAGCUCUACUUUUCACACGUCACAUUCAUGAGAUUGGACACCCAGGUAUUGAGACGACAACCGCCAAGGCGAGACGCAAGUUUUGGAUCUUACAAGGACAUCGUUUGGCGAAAACUGUCAAGCAUCGCUGUGUUAAAUGCAGGUCAACAGAAUGUAAGCGUGAGACCCAGAAGAGGCUGAUUUACCCAGUAGUCGUGUCGCACCUCACACUCCACCAUUUCAUUACACCUCCUGUGACUAUUUUGGCCCCUUUCAAGUAA